AUGAACCCCAAAUCGAUUCAUAAAGAGACAAACGGGUUGUACACGCCUAUCCGUGAAGCAGGCAAAGCCGAUGAGAUCACCGCUCUCGAACGCAUCCGCAGUCUUUUCUCCGCCGAAAAGAACAACACUGUUGCGAAGCACCUUCCUAUCCUCAUUAACAACGAUCCAGUCAAGGACGGUGGAUCUGGCUGGCUGGCCGUUAGUCCUGUCUGCGGAUUUGACCUUGAGCGGCUUCGAGUCGUCGUCACCUCGGCAGUUCAGCCCUCGUCAGAAAAGGACACUUCUCGCCGUUUCACCUUCCCCGCGAUACCGGAGGUCCUCAUACUACACAUCGCAAAGCAAUUAACGCAAGCGAUCGGCUGGCUCCACAACGUGGCCAACAUCUCCCACAACGACGUCUUUGGCGGGAACGUCAUGCUCGAUAUAUCCGCCUCGACCCAAGCCCCCGAUUUCACUUUCAUAUUCCCAACCGUCGUCUUAAUCGACUUCGACCGCGCAACCCUAAACCCUGACAACAUGGCAAAAGGAGCCGACCGCUCCUAUACUUACGAACUAGUAUACAUGCUCGAUAAUGCAGGGCGAGCGUCAUUACAAGAGACGAACACAAUGGAAGACGCGAUCAUCACGACAAAAGAAUCGAUGACCUGGUGGGACGCGUUUAGAAACUUUCUUAUUGUUAACAAGGGCCAGUAUCUCCAGGAUGAGGCGGCGGGUUUUGCGAAGUUUUGGGGAAGGUUUGGCGAGGAUGUCGAUUGGAGGUUGGGAAAUGUAACGGGGGAGGAGCGGAGACGGGUAAAGGAGCUGGUUGAGGGUGUUAUGGCGGGGGAGGUGAGGUUUCCGGGUGAUGAGGAGAUCAGGGAGGUUUUGGGACGGUAG